AUGUCCAUCGGGAGAGAAAAUAGUCAGUGCUCGAUCAUAACUCAUGAUGCAAUUAAUAAAUUGAAUAAGAAUUUUGAUUUUAAAUUUCAAAUUCCAUUUCAAAUGCAAGCAACAUCCCUGGAUGCCUUUCUCUCCUCCGUGGACAAUCCAAGUGCAUGGCGGACCAUUGCUCCAGAUGGCGAGCCCCUCACUCGGGAAGAGCUGGAGAUCAUAACCGCGCUUUUUGAGGGAACCACGGCCGAUAUACAUUUCGAUCCCUUUGCCCCAUCCAUAGAUUUUUUUACCGGCACCGUUCAGCAUGUGCCAGUUGCGUUGAAUACGAACCCGCCCAAAAGAGGCUUUUUGCCCUCUGCACAUGAAGCCAAAAAAGUCAAGAAACUUGUGCAUGCAAUCCGACAGGGAUGGAUCAAGCGACAGCCAGAGGAGUGCACGGAAACUGAUGUGUUUUUCGACUUGUGGUCGUCCUCUGUGUCUGAUUCGCCAUCCAUCCAUUCCCAUAUUGCUGCACCUAAAAUCACUUUGCCAGGGCAUCGCGAGUCUUAUAGGCCGUUGCCAGAGUACCUUGCCACGUCUUCCGUCAAAGAGCAUUUUGAAAAAUCGGUUGCCUCUGGAAAGCCUUCUCGAAAAUGGAUUCCUACCAGCUACUCUUCAUUGAGACACGUCCCGGGAUACCCAUAUGCAAUGCAAGAACGAUUUUCCCGCUGCCUUGAUUUAUAUCUUUGCCCAAGAGCAAAGAAGUCCCGUUUGAAUAUUGACCCUGAAAGCAUGCUUCCUAAGCUUCCAGAGCUUUCUGAUCUCCGUCCAUAUCCAAAUGUGCUUGGUUUGAAGCUUGAUGCUACAACUUACCCGACUUCUUCACCCAUCACUUCGAUGGCAAUUGACGCAACAGGCCAUUGGCUUCUUGCAGGCUUUGCGGAUGGUUCGUUGACCCUUUCGGACGUGAUUUUUGGAAAAACAUAUGCCAAAUGGCUGAUAAGCGAGGGCGAAGAUCCGGUUUCUUCAAUUGCAUGGAAUCCAACAGCCCAGUUGGGUUCUCUUGCUGCUAUUUCCUGCGGAUCAAAAUUAAUUCUUUUGAAUCUGUUUAUUGGGUCUUCUGUUCAGCAAUCGCUGAUUGGAAAUUUGUUCAAUGCGUUGCAAAAGAACGAAUCUUGGAUUCAGAAAAGACUCAUUUCUUUGGGAAAGGAAAUUCCUUUAGAGGUCGUUUCGUUCGCCAUCAAUUCGCAUGCGAUCACACGGCUUGCCUGGCAUCGGAAAGGAGACUACUUGGCCUCAGUGGCACCAAAGGCCAACAACAGUGCCAUUAUCAUCCACCAGCUUUCAAAAGCCAGCUUCCAGCUUCCAUUUAAAAAAAUUGAUGGAACUGCUGUCGAUGCGGCCUUCCAUCCAACAAAACCAUACUUUUUCUUGGUUACCCAACGGGCAAUCAGGUCCUAUGAUCUUUCUAAACAGCUUGUACAAAAGAGAAUUGAUAUGAAGGGGCUUCAAAACGUCUCUUGCAUGAGCGUACACCCGCAUGGCGAACAUGUGAUCGUUGGCUCCCUUGACUGCCGUGUCUCUUGGUUUGACAUGGAACUCUCCAAUGCUUACAAGACGCUCAGAUAUCACAAGGAUGGGGUCCGUGCGCUUUCAUACCACCAAAAAUACCCGCUCUUUGCCAGCUGCAGCGACGACGGAAAUGCACACAUUUGCUAUGCAAAGGUAUUUGACGAUUCUUCGCUUCAAAAUCCCCUUGUGGUGCCUGUCAAGAUUUUGAAGCCCGUCACGCCACUGGGAAAGUCGGUCGCCCUCAAUUCACUUGCAUUCCAUCCGUCUUUUCCUUGGAUAUAUCUUGGCUCGAAUGAUGGCUCGAUGCAGAUGUAUCUCCCCACUAUUUAUUAA